UUAUUACAAUUCUCCUCCUCAAAUAAAUUUUUAUUUAAACUUAUGGGUUAAUUAACCACUGUUAAUGAUGGGUGACUUUGAUUAUAAAAAUGCACAAUUAUACAUAUUAGAAUCUAAAUUUAACAUAUAUAAUAAGCCCAACAAACUAUUGCAAUAGACACUAAAACAUCAAAUUUGGUAUUAUGCAUAACAAUUCCUUUAGUAACAGUAUUGAAGAAAAAAAUAAUUUUUCUAUUAACAAUACGAAUUGCUGCAACAUGUUGGAUUGUGCUAAUGAUGACAUAUUUUUAUUACCAAACCAAGAUAUUAAACAAAAUUCAAAGAAAAAUAUUCAGAAAUCAUAUUCAGGAAAUGAUAUGCCAGCUACUACCUCCUUGGAAGAUUAUAUUGAUGGACUUCAUAAUUUUAAUCUAUCUUUAGCAACAAAUUCAAGUAACAAUGACACCACAAAUCAAAAUAAUUAUGCUAAUAAAACAAUCUCAAACAUAACCUCAUUAAAUAAUGAAGUAUAUGAAAAUCAAUUUCUAGAAAAAGAUAAUAAUGAGGGGGUUUAUUCUAUAAAAUCAGACAAUUUAUUUAAUGACAUUAAUAAUUCUUUAAAUUAUGAUAAUAAAAAGAAUAACCAUAUUUUUAAGAAUGAAUCAACUAGUGAUAAAAACAAUGAUUAUUCCUAUAAUGAUAAAUCACCACACAAAAUAAACUCUAUGCUUGGAUAUAUUAAACCAUUUUGGAUUCCUGAUGAUCAAACGGAUUGUUGUAUGUAUUGUGAUCAAAAAUUUACAAUUGUUAAAAGAAGGCAUCAUUGUAGAGCUUGCGGAAAAAUUCUCUGUGCUAAUUGUUGCAAUAAAAAGUUAGUAUUACCCUCAAUGGAUUUCAAACUUUCUCGGGUAUGCAUGGCUUGUUUUCAAUUGCUUGAGAAUGAUAUAGAUUUUUCACCUUCCAAUACAUCCACCAAUAAUUACGAAUAUAAUGAAAAUAGUUCGCCACGUACAAUUCAUAACGCCGAAAUUUUCAAUUCAAAUACUAAUAAAUUACCCAAUGAUAAUUCGGUUAAAACAUUCUCAUCUCCAGACCCCCUUAAGCCAGAACAAUAUUGCUCCACCUUGCCUCCCAUGAUGCAAGUGUUGAAUUCUAAAGUCUCUGCUACACCGCCAGUCGUAUAUGUCCCUGUUAUGAACAAACAAGGGAUACUUAAAAAUAAUUCUAACACCAAAAUUUCUACGUCGACAAUCCAUCAUCGAACUUCCUCCAAUCCGACCCGCGAUAAAUCCAUCUAUUCCUCCUCAAAAUCUCACGGAUCUCCUUCCAUUAGUUGUAAAUCAGAUAACACUGAAAUAGACCAAAAUACUAAUAACAAUAAUAAUAAACUUAAAAAGCAAGUCAUGUUUUCUGAUGGGGUCCGGCCUGGCGGAGACUUAUCUCUCCUAGGGGAUAAUAUGGUCAAAGCUUCCCCGUCUUCUACCACCAAAACGAAAAUGAAAUAUGGCAAGAGACCUAAAAAUGACGCUAACGUAAACAAUGAUUCCACUUUCCUAAUUUUACCCGCGAUUCAUCAUAUUCCGCCUCCCAUUUUACGCUUUAAUUCUGAUACUUCCGAUCUUUUGAAUAUCUACAGUCGAGGUAUCAUUCCGACUAAUUCGUCAACAUCUUCCGAUGAUCUGCCAUCUUCUAUAACCCUUUCGAUUUGCUCGAAUCUAAAAUUAUUGGCCAAAAUAAACGAUCUAUCUUGUUGCCAACCCGGGACAGAGGAUUAUUUAAUCCUUGCCACGCGCGGGAUGUGUAACGUUGCGCAGCAAGAAAUAAUAGCCGUGUUUCCAAUUACUCCUCUCCGAAAUUAUGCUCACGACGAGCAGACUAUUUAUAACGACAAAUGUAACAUGGACGUUUUGGAGAACGUUAAGUAUCUGAUUUCGGAUUUCGGGUUCCAAAUGUACAAUAUUUAUGUCAACGCUAUAAAGGGAAAAGGAGUUAACACCCUGGAUUUUGUGCCUUUCAUUAAAUUUUCGCCCAAACAAACGCCUACACAAUCUUCCUCGAAAAGUUCCGAAAUUUCGAAUAAUUAUACAAAAUUAAAACUUUCGGAUAAUUCUUCUCAUUCUGGUUUACUAUUUUUCGAACCAACUAAAUGUCACUGUCUAUCGAACCUACCAUUUAAAACCAAUCAUUUUUGUGAUAAUAAAAAUUAUAACAAUAAUGUUAGCCCUUGUUUAAUCGCUCUACUUAUUCAUAAAUGGGAAACACCCUGGGCCAAGCUAUUGCCAUUGCGCCUAUUGUUUAGACUAGGAUUCGAAUAUAAAACUUAUCCUUAUCCGCUCAUAUCGAUUCUCGAUAGAAAAUCGACUUUCUUCGAAAUCAAUCACACCAUUAUCAACUUGUUAGCUGAUUGCCGAAAUUUCAAAUAUACGCUGAGAAGAAUUCCCGGUUUAUUCAUUUCGCUUUCCGAUAAAACUGUGACUAUCACCCUUUCAAAGAUUAAUUUCAAAGAAGUAUUUAACGUAGCAAACGAAAUGAGCAGCGAUCACGUGCUGGCUUUUGCCGGAAAUUUUGAUUCCUCCGUUCACGCCCAUCUUCUUUGUUUACAAAACGAAUCCGAUAGUCACUAUAGAAAAGAUUGGUUUGUCAAUCCUUAUAAAGAGAACGAAGGAAACACCACAACUGCCGCUACCUUUGUAGUAUUCAACGGAUCUCUUAAAAAAUCAUUUCAAACACAUCCUGAACAUAAAGAAAAUUGUGUUAGAAUCAGUCUGGUUGAAGAUGGGAUAAUUGUUCAUGUUACACCUCAGGAUCUGAGUCUUAUAACAAAUGCAUUGAAGGAUAUGAAAGAGAUAACUCUUGGUGAAUCAUCCGCAAUUAGAACCUUAUUUCCAAUAUCCACUAUAAAUUCGGAUAAGAAUAGGACAAUUUCCCAAGAGGAAAUUGGUACUAAUAAAAAAGAGUUACCCCUCCUAAGUCAAAUUUCAACUAAUGACCAUAACAACUAUAAUGAUAAUUCGAUUGGAAAUGACCUUUGGUAUUUUGACGAGGACUAUUAUGUCGAAAAUCAUAGUUUAUUGAGCGAACCACUGACUCUUUAUAAUAGUGUCAACAAGGAUUUGAUCGAUGAAAAUGAGGAAAGUUCUAUUAUACAGAGUUCUAAUGACAAUGUUAUUAACCCAAAAUUGGAAGACGUUAAAGAUCAACAAAUUACAAAUAUUAAUAAUGCAGAGAAUGGUGUCGAAUAUAAAGAUAAAUUGAUUAUUAGAUGGGAGUCAGAAAAACAGAAAGUCCAAGGAUUAAUAAAGAUAAAAAGUUUGAUUGAUGACAUGGAAUUACAAAACGUCAACUCUUUUAAACCCAGGGGUUAUUUUGUCGAUUAUAUCAAAAAGCAUUUAUACAUACGCUUGGUUGAAAUAUAUUAUAUCAAAACAGAUGCCAUCUUAUUAGCCAAAAAUGACUGUUUAGAUGCAGAUAAAUUGGCUCAAGAUCUGUCAAAGGCCUUUUGCCACUGUAUCGUGAAUAGAUUAGCCUUGUUGGUAACCGAAGAUAUUUAUCAAAUCAAUUUAAGAAUAACUGUUGAUUCCAAUAAAGUUGGAUAUGAACUAAGUCCAUUAGGCAAAAAAUAUCAACCUUAUCUCACCGAAAUUGAUGAUUAUUUGAUACCUAUCAUACAUUCUGCUCUUAAUUACACUAACGAUAUAGGAUCUCUCAUAAUCGAAUUAGUUUUGCAUAUUCUCAAGAUAUAAUUUCAAAAUUAAAACAUUUUGACAUGGUUUUAUUGAUUAUUUGUUCCAUGGCACUUCAAUUGCAAACCUGCAUAAUUAUUUUCAUAUAAGAUUAUCAUA